GGAUUUUUAUCAUGGAGGCUUCACUUGGACAUUUUUCAAUAUUUUAUAGAAUUUACGAAGUUUAUAUGGCCACCAGGUCAUCAAAUAUACUUUUUUGUAGAACAAACAUCUUCUUCAUUGUUGACCAUAAGAAUUUGAGAUGAUUCAUUGCAAUUUAAAAGACUUAAAUGGCUUAGAACAUCACCCUGGACGAAGUGAUAAGGUCAAAACAAGUGGCUCUGAUUUAGGAAAAAACGAUCUUCCUAAAAAUAAACAUGGCAGAGCAGGGGUGAGUUUAUUUCUUUAAAUUAUACCCUUUCUUGGCCACCUGACAUGUUCAAACUCGGUACAUUGAUCCAAGACAUAUCCACCUCUCUAUAUAUAAUAUUGUAACGAUUAAUACUAAGAAACGAAAUGAACACGAAUUGAAAUAAUAUAUUUUUGUAAAUAACCGCAAUAUUUUUUUUGAUUAUUUUCGAAAAAAUGGUAGAUACUCUGUUUCAAAUGCAUUGAUAUUUGGCGAUAUGAUAGUUUAUGAACCAGGGAAUGUCAUAUCACCAUUAUUUUUCUAAUACAAGAAGUAAUUUACGUCCCUGAGACGAGAUUAGAUUUAUUUUCUGGAAAAAACGCGGCUCUGAUUCCAACAGAAUAUAUGGAAAAUACGUGGAAUGGAUGUCUAAUUAAUCACUUGUUUACUUUCAGGUGUGUAGGCUUCCAAUGCUACCAUUGUGAUGGGAAAACAAAACAAUUUAAUGCAAUAAUACAACACUUGAUUUUAAAACAUCCUGAAAAUGAAAUGAAAAUCAGAAAAAUUAUUAAUGUGAAUGGAACGAUUAAAUUGAUAACAAAAAAUUUCUCAGAUGUGAUUCCCAGUGAGAUCGAAGCCAGUGGCAAAAAAAUAGUGAUUCAGGAUCAGGACUCCAUGACAAUAUCAAUAGCCCAGUACUUGGACAGUGAUGUUCCCCAUGUAUCUAAAUGCUCAAAAUUAGAUAUUGACAGUAACAAUGAAAUGAAAUGUCGUACAACAAUGGAUAAUAACAUUGAAAAAGAAAAUGAAAUUGAAAAUAAAAUUGAAAAUGAAACCACCAAUGAAAUCACCAAUGAAAUGAAUGAUAUAAUAAAUUUGAAAUCUUGUCACAGCAAUGAAGCACACAGUUCCACAGAUGGCAAUGCAACGAUACAGAUGCUAGAUGAAAAUAUUGAAGAUCUAAUAAAUGAGUUCACCAGUGUGUUACCUGAUGUCAUUCAACGACUUGCCGACGAUGGAUCUAUACGCACAAUACUUAAUUUUUUCAAUCUGGUUACAAUUUUGCCAAAUAUUCGUGAUUCGCGUUCUCUUCACGAAUUUGAGAAAAAACUUUUUUUUUCAAAAACUACUUGAUGAAUACCUUUGCAAUUUUUUGCGCAUGUUCUGUAAUGCUUAUGCAAACUGUGGUAUCGUUUAAUUAUAAUGAUGAACCUCCUUAAAUGAGAUGUAUAUUUUUUUAUUCUCCCCUACCCCGGCAAUUUUCCAAUUUCACUAAAUCGAUUUAUAUUCCGUUGCUAGGCAAAAACAUAGACAGAAAUUAUAGUUAAGUCAGCAAUUAUCUAUUUUCUUACUAAAUCACCAAUUGUUAUUGGUAGUACUUCUUGAAAUAUGAAUGUUAAAGACAAAAACAACUUGAAAAUGUUGAUUAUUCAAAUACGCGUUCCAUCGAUUUCAGUUCUAGAAAAGCUAUUACCUAGAUUUUUAUUUCAU